CUGUUCCUAUUUCCCAGGCUGGCACUGUCACUUACAGCAUGGCUUCUAGGCAGGUGAACCGGAUUCGAGCUCCGUCAUCUACUGCAGAGGAACAAGUGGCCCAAGAGACCGAAGAGGUUUUCCGAAGCUAUGUUUACUACCGCCACCAACAAGAGCAGGAAGCUGAGGGAGAAGCUGCCCCUGCAGAUCCAGAGAUGGAUACCCUACCCCAAGAGCUCAGCAGCACCACCGAGCAGGUGGGCCGACAGCUUGCCGUCAUUGGGGAUGACAUCAGCCGUAGGUAUGACUCAGAAUUCAAGGCCAUGCUGCAGCAUUUGCAGCCCACCCCCGACACUGCCUAUGAGUACUUCACCAAGAUCGCCUCCAGCCUGUUCGAGAGCGGCAUCAACUGGGGCCGAGUGGUGGCCCUGCUGGGCUUCGGCUACCGGUUGGCACUACAUGUUUAUCAGCGGGGCCUGACCGGCUUCCUGGGCCGUGUGGCCCACUUUGUGGCUGAUUUCAUGCUCCAUCACUGCAUUGCCCGCUGGAUUGCCCAGAAUGGGGGCUGGGUGGCAGCCCUGAACCUCCCCAACAACUCUAUCUUGUACGUGAUGACAGUCUUGGGUGUGGUCCUCUUGGGUCGCUUUGUGAUCCGAAGAUUCUUCCAACCUUGACUCCAGGAGGGGGAGGCAUUUGUGAAGACACAAGGCCUGAGCCUCCCCCAACAAUCCUCUUCUGAGCCCAUCCACUUCCUCCUCCAGGAUGAAAAGGGUCAGGCCCUCUGCUAGCUACUAUGACAAAUUAGGGGAUGGUGAUUACUCCAAGCUCCCUGACAUCUUCCUAGGAGCCAGGUGGUAGCUCUUUGUGGUGCUAACAGGUCCUUCUCUUUGGGAUCCAUCAUCAUGUCAGAGAAGAGGCCACAGCUGUGUGAAUGUAGCUGCCACCCCCUCCUCAAAACAUACAUUCACAUGCACACAUCCCAGAGAUCCCUCCGUGUGUGGGUAUAUGUGUGGACAGGGCAUUUAUUUAACUUCUUGAUUCAUCUGGAGGCAGGCAGGUUAAAACCACUAAUCCCUGAGAAGAGGGUUUUUUGUUUGUUUGUUUGUUUUUGUGUGUUUUGUAUUUUAGUUUAGUUUAGGUUGUUUUUUAUAUUUGCUUAUAAUUGCUUACCUUCCCCUCCUUUCACCUUCCCCCUCUCUGAGGCCUGGAUAAUUCUUGGUUGGGGGGAGGGGCAGAGGCAUCAUGUUAGCCAAUUAGUCAAUAGUUAUCAAGAACAGAUGCUAAUUGAAAACACUCCCCACCAAGAACAUGAAAAUCAGGGUCAGAACGUGGAAUCUUAGAGCUGGAAUAUUUUGUGACCAUCUAGUCCAGUCCCCUCAUUUUACAAAGUGAAAAAAUAGAGGCUCAGAGAAGAAAAUGAAUUGAUUUAAUCAUGUGGAUUAGUGGCACAACUUAGAUUUAUUCUAUAGGUUGGUUAAAAUUGGAAGGUACCUUGGAAUUGAUUUAAUCUAACCUCAUUUUAUUGAGGAGGAAACUGAGGCACAAAAGAUGGGAAGUCACUUAUUCCCAUAAUAAGUUUAAUGUCAGUGCCAGGGCUAGAUUCAAAGACUCAAAUGGGCAGCACUGAAAUACCAUCCUUUUCAUUUUACAGAGGGUAAAACUGAGGCUCAGGAUGACAAUAUGAAGCUACUGCUUCCCCUCUCAGCUCUGAUGAGGCUGCUUUUGUAGCUAUUCUCUCAGGUUUCUUGGGCCUGUGGGGACUCUACCUCUCCUUACCUCCCCAAAAGGAGACCCCAGGGUCAAGCUUGCUUACUUGGCAACCCUUCACCUAGCUUGCUCCAACCCUUACUCCUCGUAGUUCCGUUAACUAGCCUAUUCCCCCCUCCCCAUGCUGACCUUGACCCAAGCCCUACUUCAGUCCCUGAACUGCCUUGUCUUUUCCCUCCUACUCCAUACCUCUGUAUUCGCCAGUGCUCGGGACCUGAAAAUAAAGGAUGUUAUAUAUAGGCUGCCUGGGCCAAAGAAUGGGGAGGGAGCUCAGCCCUGACCCUGUACGCUAGGUGGGACUGUACGCUAAUAUGCAAUUUGUGGGGCACCCUUUCAACCCCCAGACAAGAGCCAGAUUGGCCCAGGGCGCAGUGUAAUUAUCUGGGGUAGGGAUAAGGGACACUGAAAACUCAAUCCUACUCCCCAGUGAUUCUGAACUGCCUGCCAUUUCGGUGGCCUUGAGGAGCACCUUAAGGUGAUUUCGUAAUAAAUGUGCAAUCCCACAA